CACUAGAGCGCAUUUGUGAAAAGCCAGGCUGGUGAAAAUCUAUUUUUAAAUGAUGGAUAUAACUGGAACCAGCAAUGAACAGUAAAUGAAAUGCAGCAGACAGCGACAUUAGAUGAUCUUGAUAUCAAUCCGAGAAUAAUUAAAGCUCUGAAGAGAGCAAAACUAUUGGAUUUUGGUCAAAUUUUGAGUCUCUCUGCACCAGACUUGGAACGGAACACUACACUUUCAAUGAGAGAUGUCCAUAUGGUACACAGGGAAGUCGCCAAGGCUGUGAAAAAACCAGCUGUUAUAUCAGCUCUUGAAUUGUCCUCUGAAUCAUGUCCAGACUGCCAUAAAAUAUUUAACCUUAGCACAGGCGAUGGUUUCAUUGACAAACUUCUACGAGGAGGCAUUCUAUCCAAAGGCAUCACAGAGGUGGCUGGAGCUAGUGCAACUGGCAAAACACAGUUUUGUAUUCAGUUGUGUUUAACAGUGCAGCUUCCUAGAGCACAGGGAGGAUUGGGGGGAGGUGCAGUGUACAUAUGCACAGAAGAUGUUUUCCCUACUAAAAGGUUGCAACAAAUGAUUGGUGCAUUCUGUAAAACCAUUGAUAAAGAGUUCCAGAAAAUACAAUUUGGGGACCAAAUAUUCAUUGAGCAUAUUGCAGAAAAGGAGGACCUCAUUAGCUGUUUGAAGUAUCGUCUACCAAAGUUACUGCAGAAAAAUAUAGUCAAGUUAGUGGUUAUUGAUUCUGUAGCAGCCCUUUUUAGGAGUGAAUACCAUCUCAGUGAAUCUACUAAAAGGAGCAAACAGCUUAGCUCCUUAGGUGCUAUUUUACAUGAACUGAGCAGUAGCUCCAACAUUCCAGUUGUCUGUGUAAAUCAGGUCUCUGAUGUGAUUAACCCGAGUGCAAAAAGCCAUGGCAAACAGGUGACACCUUCCCUUGGACUGACCUGGGCAAAUCUUGUCACCACUCGGCUCAUGUUGACAAGGACAAUAUACAAUGUAACAAUUGAGCGGUCAGACACUGCUGGCAAAGUGUUGGAUAAAUAUGAAUCUGCUGUAAGAAAACUGGAAGCGGUGUUUGCACCACACUUGCAAAAGGACUGUUGUCACUUUGUGAUAAGCUCAGAUGGAGUUAAAGGCAUUUUAAUACAAGACACUCCUGAUUGAAGAGACUGGGUCUCAGUUUUAUCACUAAGAACUGGUUUUGAUUAAAUGUAUUUGUUAAGUAUAAUUGUGUCAUAUGAAUUCUAUAACUAUGAACAUUUAAAAAAUAAAUGGAAUAUGUUUAUAUCCUACCAG